CGCGUGUCCGGGUCGCGGUCGUCGGCUGACAAGAGCAAGAGGACCGGGGACUCGCCCUGCGCCUUCGACCCGGCGCUGCUGGAGUUCUUGGUGUGCCCGCUGUCCAAGAAGCCGCUUCGAUAUGAAGCAUCGACAAAUGAACUGAUUAAUGAAGAGUUGGGAAUAGCCUAUCCAAUUAUUGAUGGGAUUCCUAAUAUGAUACCACAGGCAGCUAGGAUGACACAUCAAAAUAAGAAGCAAGAAGAUGUGGAGCAGCACUAGAUCAUAAUUAAAAACAACAGAUACAACUAAAUUUUCUUAAUACUGUCUACCUUUUAAAAAGUCAAGGUGGCAGGUAAUAACUGGGAGAGGAAAAUG